AGAGAAGAAAAAAAAUGUGCAUGCUUUGAGAGCAAGAAAGAAAGAGAAGAGAGAGAGAGAGAGAGAGAGAGAGAGAGGUUCAUGGUUGAUUAAAUUUGAUUCUUCCUCAACAAGGACAUAGCAAAGAAAAACAACAAUGGCUGUUUCUCCAUGUUUGAGUGGUAGUGAUCAGAAGAAGCACUGGUGGCUGAGCAAUAGAAAGCUUGUAGAUAAGUACAUUAAGGAUGCAAGGUGCCUCAUUGCAACGCAGGAACAAAACGAGAUCGCUUCAGCUCUCCAUCUUCUUGAUGCGGCUUUGGCUCUCUCGCCUCGUUUUGAGAUCGCUCUUGAACUGAAAGCAAGAUCUUUACUCUAUCUAAGGCGUUUCAAGGACGUUGCUGACAUGCUUCAAGACUACAUUCCCAGUCUCAAAAUGUCAAGCGAGGACUCCGGCUCAGUUUCUUCAGAUAACUCGUCUCAACAACUUUCGAGGGAGCGAGUCAAGCUUCUUCCUUCUAAUAACUCGUCCUCCGACUCACCGGGUCGUGACCCAUCUUUCAAGUGUUUCUCUGUCUCGGACUUGAAGAGGAAAGUCAUGGCUGGGUUGUGUAAAAACUGCGAGAAAGAAGGGCAAUGGAGGUACUUGGUUCUCGGCCAAGCAUGUUGCCACCUGGGCCUAAUGGAGGACGCCAUGGUCCUCCUCCAAACCGGCAAACGCCUCGCUUCCGCCGCAUUCCGCCGUGAAAGCAUUUGCUGGUCUGAUGACAGCUUCUCACUCCCCACCACUAUCAACACAUCCGACAUCUCCUCAGCCACAACACCUCCCUCAACGCCCCCACGCAAUCCCACCUCUCUCUCCGAAUCCGAAAACAUUUCCCAGCUUCUAUCCCACAUCAAGCUCCUCAUCCGCCGUCGAACAGCUGCCAUUGCCGCCUUAGAUGCUGGCCUAUACUCUGAAGCCAUCCGCCAUUUUUCUAAAAUUGUAGACGGUCGCCGCCCUGCCCCUCAGGGUUUCCUUGCAGAGUGUUACAUGCACCGAGCCUCAGCUUACAAGGCCUCUGGUCGCAUAGCUGAGUCAAUCUCGGAUUGUAACAAAACCCUUGCCCUUGAUCCAACUUGUAUCCAAGCGCUUGAUACCAGGGCCUUGCUUUUGGAAACCAUUCGUUGUUUGCCUGAUUGUUUACACGACCUUGAACACUUGAAGCUGCUUUACAAUUCCAUCUUGCGAGACAGGAAGCUUCCAGGUCCUGCCUGGAAGCGUCACAAUGUGAGGUACAGGGAGAUUCCAGGGAAGCUCUGUGCAUUAACUACUAAAAUUCAACAAUUGAAGCAAAGGGUUGCUUCUGGGGAGACUGGAAAUGUUGAUUACUAUACGUUGAUUGGUUUGAGGCGUGGGUGCUCAAGGUCUGAAUUGGAAAGGGCUCAUUUGCUGCUAUGUUUAAGGCACAAGCCGGACAAAGCUACCAACUUUAUUGAUAGAUGCGAAUUCGCUGAUGAGCGUGAUCUCGACUCGGUUAAAGACAGAGCCAAGAUGUCUGCUUUGCUACUUUACAGAUUGCUUCAAAAGGGUUAUUCCAGCGUGAUGACUACUAUUAUGGAUGAAGAAGCGGCCGAAAAACAAAGGAAGAAAGCUGCGGCUGCUUUACAAGCAGCACAGGCAGCAAUUCAAGUGCAGCAAACCCAACAUUCAAACUCUACAACAGAACCUGAAACCAGUCCAGCUUCUUCAACAAAUUCAUCAGAUGUUUCGGGUUGCAACAACAGGGUUAAUUCCAGCGAAAACAAAGCCACAACAACUACUUCCAAUACAAAUGUGUUUCAAGGUGUCUUUUGCAGGGAUCUUGCUACAGUUGGGAAUUUGCUAUCACAAGUUGGGUUUAACCGUCCACUUCCAGUGAAGUAUGAGGCACUGAGCUGCUGAGUUUUGCUUGGAAGUUACGUCAGGUCACCUAUAAAAAAGUUUCUUGGGAUGUUUACCGGCAGAAGAAUCUCUGUUUCAUUUUCCCUGUUUGUACAAAAAAGAUAAAUUUUUAGUCUGCCGGAAAAUUUUGUCACCCUCUUUCUUCUUUUCUGUUAUCUACUACAUGUACAGAAUUUUUCAUUAUUGAAUUUCUACUUUUGAGAACA